UUUUGUAAAUGUAACGUGGCCGAUCACACAGUAGGUGGCGACAUGCACGAACAAAAUGUACGUACACCAUGAUACCAAAGAAGAAGUAGAAAACGGAAGUGAACAGUAAUCGUGCAUUUUUUCAAUUUCAACGUUAGCGGUUUUUUUGUUGUAAUUUAGACGUUUAUUAACACCAUGGAACUCAAAAUAUGACUAAUUUAACUGUACAGCAUCACAUACUUACCGCAGGUGGUCUUUAAUUCACGUUGGAGAAAGGACUUGGUUGAUAGAGCUACGUAACGCUAGCUAAUUGCUAACAAUGGCUAACUGUAUGGUUUUCCACACACAAAUAGCCUCCAUUAUGGAGGUGCUAGCGAAUGCAGCCGUGGCAGAGAUAUGUAAAGUCGUCGACAACGACUAUGCUGUGUUUCGUUUAGAAAUUUCUCAAAGCCAGAAAGAAAACAGGGGGUUGCGGAGGAAACUACAACUAAUGGACUUGAAGGUGGCACGGGAGCGCGCAGAGAGGACAAUACGAGAGCGCGUCCCCGCCAGUCGUCCCAGUAGUGUCAAGAUCCUCGACCGAUACAGAGGAAUGGCAAGAGGUGAAGGACAUUUCACUGGAGGCCACAGGAGCUUUGUGAAGCCAACGGGACACAAUGCGUGGAGAGAUGACCAACCCAUAGCUGUAGAUGAGGGGAGUGGAACCUCAACCCAGCAUGUUAUUGUGAUAGAGUCUGCAGAUGCAGAGGCGGCAGGUUCUGGAGGAUCGUCUCUGGUCAAGCAGGAGAGGACUGAAGAAGACGACCCACAACACAGCAGAAACAUCCAGACUGGAGCAGCAGCUGGAGUGGCACUCCCUGUAGCCACAGCAGACCUCGUCAACGCCACGACGCCCCAGCACAGGACCCGACGCAGCAUCACGGAGGAGGAGGAGGGUCUGGAGGUGCUGCUGGUAAAGGAGGAGGAGGGUCUGGGGAACCGUAAGGGGACCAUGGUCAUGGAGGACAACCAGACUACACCUCCUGAACCCACAGAGGGACCAUCUGAGCAGCACAGGACUACACACAGUCUCACUGAGUCAGUAGACAUGGAGGAUGGGAAGCCUGAUCUGCUGCUAGUCAAAGAGGAGACAAUAGAAGAUGGACCAGAGAGCAUUGAUCUGCUGAGUGGACUAAAGAUGGGGGAGCAAGGUUGUUGGCUGGAGGCUAACAGUGGAGACUGGGUGGCCAUCUUGGAUUCCCAAUCCCAGAUGGGUGCAGACAAGGGCCCAGGGGACAACAUCACUGAGCAGGUCAGGACCAGAGGUGACAGAGUGGAGGUCAGUGGAUGGGACAGCGUCCUCAACUCUGGGCUGGGGAACAACAAUGUUAACCACAACCAGAAACAGACAUUGGAACACAAAACAACAACUGAAUUUAGUUUCCAAGACAACAGGAUGGCUGAGACCAGGGCGAGGUGUAGAUUUGGUCUGCGGGGACGGAGAGGCCAGGUUCGUAUGCAGCAGGAACGAACAGGCAUAGUCUCGGCUAGCGAGGCUCCAUCCUGCUCCUAUAGUUGUGAUUCAGAGGGACUGAUGGCGCCUCAGGUUAACCCCCUAACAGAUGCUUCCUUCAGCCUGCCUUCUAUAGGAUCUAUCAACUGGAACAUGGACCCUGCGACAACACAGACACUCCCUGGCCUUCAUCCUCCUCACACUCUCCUAAUGUUAAACCAGACAUCAGACAAUGCCAGUGCCUCAACACUAAAUGGCUACACAAGCCCAUUGACAAAUGACAGUAGUAGUAACGCUGUCAGUAGCUCCGGUGGCAAAGAGAAGCACUUCCUGUGUUCAUUCUGUGGGAAAGCCUUCAGUUUCCCCAAACAGGUGGAGAUCCACCAGAGGAUACACACGGAGGAGAAACUAUUCGGCUGCCACCUGUGCCGGGCCAGUUUCUCACACUCGUCCAAGCUGAAGAGGCACCAGAGGGUCCACACAGGAGAGAAACCCUACAACUGCCCCCAGUGUGAGAAGAGGUUCUCCCACAAGCACCAGCUGAAGAUGCACCUGAAGAUGCACACAGGAGAGAGGCCAUUCGCCUGUACACACUGUGGGAAGAGGUUCUCAGAGAGGAGCUACCUCAGGAUACACCAGCAGAAAAUGCACACGGCACAUGUAUAGAGUAUAGUGACAUGUAAUGUAGUACUAGUUAGUUUGUAGUUAAUUCUGUUGGUUUUGGAUGUAAAGGAAACUGACAAAAUAAUAAGUAUGAUGAGGCAGAGUAGAUUAUAUGGUGAUGGUUGGUGUGAUGGUGUCUGUAAACAUGCUUCACUGAUGAAGAGUGACCAACUUAGUCCCUUUAGGUUGAUGCUGGUGUUUUAUAGUGAGGUAAGGAUAGUGCCUUGAUUCAUGUUUACUUGAUAUAAAACAAUGAAGCUGUUUGUAAUGUAAUGAACCUUUUCCAAAGUAUUCUAAAAUAAUUUAUAAAAGCAAGGGUGUCAGAUGUACAGAAAAGGUCAAGUGUUACCAAAGUUAUUCUACUUGUCAUGUAUCAUUUUGUGCAAUAAAAGUUCAGUACUUCA